CGGUUAUUUAUCUCUUGAACGAGUUCGCCCAUGAUCGAACCCAGGUGGUCGCCCUGAACGCGCUCCACGGUAGCUUCCAGCGCUCUGCCACACCACGUCUUCCCCGGUAAAAUAGUAAAAUACCGGCGCCAUGGCCACCGCCUCCCCGCUCGAGGCAACCCCGCUCCUGGGUCACGGCCUCCGCCGCGCCGCCACCGAGCGAUCCGCUCUCGAGGAACCAUGCCGGCAUGAAAAUGAUGGCGAGUCAGGCCGGAGCAGCGAGGUACCCGACCUGCGGUCCAUCAGGUCUCCGGGCGUUGCCCGCAUGGCCAUCAUCUCGGCCCAGCUCACCACCACCGAGCGCGUGUUCGUCUUCGCCUCCAUCUUCCUCGUCGGCUACUCGUACGGGCUCGAAAGCCAAGUCAGGUCCACGUACCAGCCCUACGCAACAUCCAGCUUCUCCCUGCACUCGUACCUGGCAACCAUCAACGUGCUGCGGAGUGUCGUCGCCGUCGCCGCCCAGCCGACCGCCGCCAAGACGGCCGACGUUUUCGGGCGCUUCGAGGUCUUCGCUUUCUCGACCAUCUUAUACAUCGUCGGCAUCGCCAUCGAAGCCACUGCCAGCUCUGUCGAGGCCUUCUGCGCGGGCGCUGUCAUAUACCAGAUCGGCUACACGUGCAUCGUGCUGCUCAUGGAAAUCCUCAUCGCCGACUUCUCCUCGAUGCGGGCUCGCGUCUUCUUCAGCUACAUCCCCGCCAUGCCUUAUCUCGUCAAUACGUGGAUCAGCGGCAAAGUGACGUCCGCUGUGCUGGGCGUGACAACCUGGCGAUGGGGGAUUGGCAUGUGGGCCAUCAUCUGCUCGGUCACGUCGGUGCCGUUGCUCUUCUCCCUCUACUCCAUCGAACGCCGCGCUCGCAGGUCCGGCGCCGUGGCCGACUACGAAACCCCUCUGCAGCUGCUCGGCUACGGCAAGCUGGGCUCUGAGCUCUUUCACCACCUCGACGUUGUCGGCCUCGUUUGCCUGGUGGCGGCCUUCUCCCUCGUCCUGGCGCCCCUGACGAUGGCCGGCGAGAAGGUCGACAACUGGCACAACCCGCAGAUUGCUGUCCCGCUGCUUAUCGGCCUUGCUCUUGUCCCCGUCUUCGUCAUCUGGGAAAAGCGAGGUGCAAGAGCCCCACUCGUCCCGUUCCAUCUCCUGACCGACCGUGGCGUCUGGGCCGCGCUGGCCGUUCGAAGUUUGCUCAACUUUGCCUGGUAUACCCAGGGAAACUACCUGUACACUGUCCUGGUGGUUGCCUUCGACUUCUCCAUCGACAGUGCCACCCGCAUCCAGUCGUUCUUCUCCUUUUUCGGCGUCGUCAGUGGCAUCAUCGUGGGGUUGGUCAUCUUCAUGGUUCGCAGGCUCAAAUACAUCAUCGUCGCCGGCACCUGCAUCUUCAUGGUCGCAUUCGCCCUCCUCAUCAAGUUUCCCGGCGGCGCGUCGGCAGAGUCGAAGUCCGGUCUCAUCGGUGCGCAGGUUCUCCUGGGGCUGGCUGGCGGCCUGUUCGCGUAUCCGACCCAGGCAUCUAUCCAGGCGUCCGCAACCCGCGAGCACGUCGCUAUUCUGACUGGGCUCUAUCUUUCCUUCUACAAUGUCGGCAGCGCGCUGGGCACCUGCUUGUCCGGGGCUAUUUGGACGCAGACGCUCCUUCCGGCGCUACAGGCAAAUCUGGCGUUCCAGCCAAAUGCCAGUCUAGCUGAGGCGGUCUAUCACUCCCCCUUUUCAGUCAUCUCGCACUACCCCGUGGGAACCGUCAUCCGAGACGCCAUUAUUGAGAGCUAUCAGGACGUCCAGAGACGUCUCUGCAUCGCCGGAAUUUGGUUGUGUGUGCCAAUGAUUGCAUUUGCCUUGGCUUUGAAGAACUCGAGGCUUUCAGACCAACAGGUCCAGCCCGAGGCAGGUGCGGGCAUCACCAAUUCGCGGUGAUAUCGAAGGCCUAUCUUGUCAUUUAUUUGAUCACUUUUGUUUUUGACGGUUUCACGACGUUUCCCACAUGAAUCAACAUGACGGCCUUAGACGCAUAUCUCAGCGAUGCUUUUCCAUAAUGCAUCAUUCCGCAUUAUACCUAUUCAACACAGGAGACAAUGCAUUUAGACGGGUUGGAUCAAUGGAUCGCAUAGCAUACAAUCUUAGCAUCAGAGUGUGUCUGCGGCAUGGACACUGAUUAGCUGCUGUUUGGGAAGAUGAAUGAAGUUGAUUGGCGAAGCACAUAGCCUCUGGCUUCUUUGUUAUUUCUAGCAAUAUAGAUAGAUACCUCUCAAGUUUAUUUAACGGUACAGGACACAGG